AAAAAGUGUUUGGUGAGGAAAUGGCUGAGUAGCCUAGCUAUAUUAAAUCGACUAUAACCGAUUUCCAAACAAGAGGAGGGCAAUUCAUGAGUCAGGAGAGAAGAGGGACUGAGCCGAGAGGGCAUCUCCAGGGAGGCCUGAAACCUCUCCCCACAGACCUACCUACUGCUGCUGAAGACCACCACCUCCCAACACCAAUGACCUUCUACAGUGAACCGUUGACUGUUGCGCCUCAGACCUUGUAAUGGAAAAUCGUGUUGAUGAAGUUGACCACCUGCACAACACGACAGAGGGAGAUGGGGACAGCACCCCUCUCCCAUGCAAGGGCAAGGGCAAGUUCUCUACCCUCGGCAAGAUCUUCAAACCAUGGAAGUGGAGGAAGAAGAAAAGCAGCGAGAAGUUUACGGAAACUUCAGAAGUUCUGGAGAGAAAGAUGUCGAUGAGGCGACCGAGGCAGGAGCUUAUAGAACAGGGAGUGCUGAAGGAGCUCUCAGAGAAUGAUGGGGACGAUCCUCACAGCCUCAAACAGUCCUACGUGAAGAAUGGCCACACCCUGCCCCUGGGUGGAGGGGGCAGAGGGCAGGAGAACCAGACAAGACCCCCCUCAGACCUUGGGAUGAACCCCUCAGACUUUAAGGUGAACCCAGCCUGGCUGCCCCAGAUAGAGGACCGCAGGGUCCGAUUCCCCCCGGAUGUAGAACUCCAUGGGGACCAGGGUGGCCCCAGAGGCUCCGGACAGCAGGAGGAGGGCCGGCGAGGAGGUGGAGCAGUACGGUCCCAGGGGGAGGGGGAAUGGAAGUCUAACAUGGCCUGGCAGGGCCAGGCGAUGGGCCAGGUGCAGGGGAUGGGACAGGAGGAGGGUAGACGCGGGGGCAGACUCCACCCUUCUGACGGAGACAAGCGGCCGGGCCUGCAGAAGGCGCCAUCAGAGGACGGUAGGAGGAGUCGCCCUGCUGAGACGGCAUGGAAACCCACCCUCCCCCGGCACGCGUCCGCAGAGGAGGGAAGGGCCCGUAGAGAAUCGGAGAGCCAUUUUGUUCCUGACCCAGAUUUGCUGCGGGACACUCUCCGAGAGUCUCUGCCCCCCAAACAGUCCGUUAUGCCCCCCAAGUGGCUGAUGAGCUCCACCCCCGAGCCCGGCAGCGAAGGGUCACCCUCAUCCCACACCCCAUCCAACCACCCUGCAACCACGUACUCUUCCUCCUCUUCUUCCUCUGCAGUUGCAAUGCCUGCCCGAACUGUCUCCUCUGCAGGCGCCAACCCCCAAUCUUCAGCAGUAGUGUCCUUCGCUCCAUCUUCCACCCCCCAGGCGACCAAGCAGCCUCCCCUCCCACUGCCCAAGCCCGUCAACAGGGGCGUUAAUGCUGCCAUGUUAGGCAACCUCACCCAGGCCGGUACCAGCCUUGUGCCUACUAAGCCCUCCCCACCGAUGCCCCCCAAGAGGACCACCCCUGUCACAAAGCGCAACCCAGAGGACCCGUCUGCGUCCACCCAGUCUGUCUCCACCACCUCCCCUUCCCUGCUUUCUCCUGAGGACCAUCAUAACCACUCAGCAGGCUUCCAGAUGCCUCCCCCGUCCCCGCCCUUACCCAACCACAUCCCCCCUUCUCCCCCCCGCCAGCAUCUGCAAGCGCACUACCUCCACCACCAGCACUCCUACCAACAUCCCAUCCCCCAGCCCUUGCUCUUUGACCCCCCCAGCCCCACCAAUGAGCCCCCCCAGCGGCCGGCCCCCGUCCCCCUGCACAUCAUGAUCCAGAGGGCCCUGUCCAGCCCCGGCCCGGCCCAGCCACAUCCCGACGGCUCCCAGCGCUCAGCUCACUCCCUGCUCUUCGAGACACCGCCCGAGUACCAGGGGGACCGCAGCCGGCCCCUAGCCGUCAGCAUCCAGCCUCUGAAACUGGCUGAGGAUGACUACUCGGAGGAGGAGGAGGAUGAUGACGAAGAAGAGGAGGAGUAUGAUGGGGAGCUCCCCCAGCCAGAGCUGGAGCCACGGAGCAGGAGGUGCAUGGUGGGAGAGCCCAGCAUCAACGUCAUCCCUGAGGGACCCAACAGCAGUGAGGAGGAGGAGGAGGAAGAACAGCAGGACUUGCAAAGGGACGACAGCGACUCGGACGGGCCAGUGCUCUAUAAAGAUGAAGAUUCAGACGAGGAUGAUGAGGAGGAUGAGCCUCCACCCAGUGCUUUGGCCAGCAGGGUCAGAAGGAAAGACACUUUAGCUUUGAAACUGAGUAACCGACACGCCCCAGAGAAACAUGCUCGAGAGGACAAGUCCAGCGGUCACACCGAACGAUGCACUCCGGGACACACACCAGGACACACACACCAAGGGUCAACAGGGCUGACGUGGCAGAGCAGGGAGCAAUGGGAUGCCAUACGCACACAAAUAGGCUCUGCACUCACAAGGCGUCUCAGCCAGAGACCCAGUGCAGAGGAGCUGGAGCAGAGAAACAUCCUUCAACCCAAGAACCAGGUAGACAGGCAGGCAGAGGUCCGAGAGAUCAAACGUAGGCUCACCAGGAAGCUGAGUCAGAGGCCCACGGUUGCUGAGCUUCAGGCCAGAAAGAUCUUGCGCUUCCACGAGUAUGUGGAGGUCACCACAGCCAAUGAUUACGAUCGGCGAGCGGACAAGCCCUGGACCAAGCUAACACCCGCCGACAAGGCUGCCAUUCGGAAGGAGCUCAAUGACUUUAAGAGCUCUGAAAUGGAGGUUCAUGAAGACAGUAGGAUCUAUACAAGGUUCCACCGGCCUUAGCAUCCACCCUAUACUGGAAAGCACUUUCUUAACCAGUGGCUGGCAGAGUCUCUGGAGAGGAGUCGUAGGGUCUUGGUGCUCCCUAAACAGACUGCCUUUUUUAUGUUGCUGAAUGUACUGUACAGAUUAUCAAAGAAGGCCCUGGAAUUGACUGAACUGAAAACGGGGACUGAGGACCAGAUGCAGUAUUUCUCCUGGACAGUAGGGGGGACCAAGUGCCAACAAAGUGGAGAGCUGGCAGAUGGGCUUGACCGAGAGGGCUGACUGUGAGCCACUCUGCCGAUGUGUGUUAUCCCUCAGGGACUUGGUUCCCCUGACAAAGACCUUUUGCCGCCUCUUUCGAUGUUGCCUUUUUUCUGCUUUUACUCUGUAUUGCACAGUUAACCCAUGUUGCAGAGAUGUAAAUGUAAUAAUAUUACAGUAAUAAUAAUUACGGCUACAAUAAUAAACACAGUAAUAAUACAUGUUAGAGAGGAAGCUGCAGAAAGAGGAUAAGGAGGAAGACGACUGUGGGAUUUGCCGUUCCCAAGACUGGAAAAGCUCUGGGAUAAUUGUGUAUAGAUUUCUGUGAUUUGUUAGACUGAAACUUUGGAGAGUUCUAAUAAUGACAACUGUAAUGCAUAAUAUUUUGAUCACAACAGAAAUUGCUGCUUUUAUUUGAACCUGUUUUGUAGUGUGCAUUUUUACAUUUUAGUCAUUUAGCAGACGCUCUUAUCCAGAGCGACUUACAGGAGCAAUUAGGGUUAAGUGCCUUGCUCAAGGGCACAUCGGCAGAUUUUUCCCGCCUUGUCGGCUUGGGGAUUCGAACCAGCAAACUUUUGGUUACUGGCCCAACGUUCUUAACCGCUAGCCUGCCCUGCCUGUAUUUGUAUUUGGCUGUAACGUGGGGUGAGCAUUUGAGCUUAUACUAGUCAUAGGAAAGAACACAAUGAGGAGGUAGUUGGUGUGCUAUUCUUUUUAUUUGUUUCGUUCUUUUUUUGCCAGACACUGAUCCCUAUGCUGACAGUAGAAUGCUGGUUUUUCAUGUCGCAGAUUUCUUCAAUUCGCUGCAUGAGCCAACACACAGUGCAAUUAUUGAAUCAAUACAUAAUUCUUUUUUUUAUUUAUGCUUUUUUAUUAUAAUUUUUUGUACUUCUCUACAUAGGUCAAACCAUGCAAUGCUGCAAAUAAUAGCUGUUUUAAAAUGCUAAGAUCAUGAUGAUGGCAUCUUAAAUAAAACAAAAGUUAAAAUGUUACAAAUCUUUAGAGAAUGUAUCAAAGUGCAGUUAGUGUAGAUCAGGAUUUGAUUAAUCAAACAUGAAAGAACAAUUUAGUGCAUUUUACGGUUGACAGGGAAUAAUUUCGUCAGGAAAAUACUUUUUUAUCUGGAGAAAUGUAUCAUGCAUUGUCUUCUGGUCAGUAGAUUACAGGGUCCUGUGCUGUACAGAUGCAUUUAGGUUACUGUUGUGUAAAUCUUUUUCUUCCUUAUUAUUUGAAAAUAAAUGUUAAAUAUAAUAAAGUAUUAUGUUGCUAUUUUUCUAAGCACAAAAUAUUACUAUAUGAUUAAACACUACAACAAUGGGAAUC